AUGCCUAUUGCGAUCCCUGCCUUCUCCACGGUCCUCGGUGAGGCCGUCAACGACUAUGCUGCAUCGAACCCGAAGAGCAAAGCGAUCUGUGAUGCGGCUUCUGGUUCCUUGCCUGGAGGCACAACGCGUAAUGUUAUCCAUAUGAAGCCUUUCCCCGUCGUCCAGGCGCGCGGGGAGGGCUCAUACCUUACGGACGUUGACGGACACAAGUAUCUUGACCUCUGCGCCGAGUACAGCGCUUGUAUGUUUGGUCACUCGCAUCCGGUGAUCAAGAGGGCCAUGCACGACGCCGUCGAGCAAGGGUUCGCCCUCGGCGGCGUCAACCAGUACGAGGGCAGACUUGCCAACCUGUUAUGCGAGCGCUUCAAAACCAUGGACAAGGUCCGCUUCUCAAACUCGGGCACCGAGACGAACAUGACUGCUCUCGCCCUCGUCAAGGCAUACACUGGACGUAGCAAGAUCAUUGUGUUUGAAGGCGGAUACCACGGCGGUCUGGCGACAUUCACCUCGCAAAGCUCCAUGAACAUGAAGUCUAGCGGAAAAAAGACCAUGAACGCACCGCACGACUGGGUGGUGGUACCGUACAACGACAUCGCCGCGCUCGAAGCCGCGGUUUCCGAGCACAAGGCCGAUCUGGCGUGCAUAUUCCUCGAACUCAUGCAAGGGUCGUCCGGCUGCACCCCGGCGGACGUCGACUUCGUCAAGGCGUGCCGGGCGCUCGCGACCGAGGCCGGCGCGGUGCUCUUCUUCGACGAGGUCAUGACCAGCCGCAUGAGCAUCCACGGCUACCAGGACAUGCUGGGCGUGUACCCUGACAUGACGAGUUUCGGCAAGUACUUUGGCGGCGGCGGGCAGAACUUUGGCGCGUUCGGCGGCAAGGCCGAGAUCAUGGACAUGCUCGAGCCGGGGUACCCGGGCGGCGUGUACCACAGCGGCACGUUCAACAACAACGUCGCGACCAUGGCGACGGCCACGGCCGUGCUCGAGGAGAUCUGGACCCGCGAGGACCAGGCGCGCGACCUGUUCGACAAGGGCGUCUGGCUGCGUGAAGAGCUGAACCGGCUUGCCGAUGCCAAGCACAACUCGACCAUGUACGUCACGGGCACGGGGAGCCUGAUGACGAUCCACUUCAAGGAGCAACCGCGCACUGGCGUUCAGGCCGCCGAUCUCAAGGAGCUCUUCUUCUUCGACAUGCUCAAGAAGGGCUUUUUCCUCGCACGUCGCGGCAUGGUCAGUCUGAUGACCAUCACGUCCAAGGAGGAACUACAGACCUUCAUUGACGCCGUCGACGAGUUCUUGAGCGAGAGAGCCGAGUUUGUCAAGCUAGACUGA